AUGCCCCCCGAUAUACUUCAUUUUCGUCCUCUCUUAUCACCUCUAGUUCAAUUUUCACCUCCACUCAUAACUCGGGCACAAGAAAAUCAACCUUCUAUUCACAACUACUGGCAAGGAACAAAAGGGAUGAAUCUCACCAAAAAGAAACUCAUCCCUAUCCUAGUUUUGAUCCUUUCAGUCAUAUCACUACUCAGACUUUUGAGCCUGAGUGUCAAGACCUCACCUUCUACCCCUGGAAUUUUUGCUCUGUCUCCAGCUCCUCAACAAAGUUGUUCUCCACCUUUGUCCACCCAAAACAAAGUUGCAUCACAGGCACCUGGAUCCUCAGAGCAACCUAGAAGACCUCCCAACAACAACAACAACAACACCCUGACUGAGAAAGAAUUCGAAGUUCUAUCAGAUCUCAUUGCUCUUAAAUCCCCAUGCAACCUUCUCAUAUUUGGGUUUCAACCUCAGUACCUUAUCCUCUCUUCCAUGAAUGCAGCUGGUAACACCAUCUUUCUCGAGGAUGAUCCUGAUAAAGUAAGCAAGGUGAGAAUAAACUCCAACAGUACUCAAAUAUACAAGCUUGAGUAUAACAUGCCAGCAAAAGCUGCAUACAAACUGCUGAAGCACGCAAGGCAGAACCCAGAAUGUGCACCAAACCACAGAUUCCUUCAAAAAUCCAAAUGCAAGCUCGCAUUGAAAAAUUUGCCAUCACAAGUGUAUGAGAAGAAUUGGGAUGUCAUGGUGGUAGAUGGACCCAGCGGAGAUUCGCCAGAGUCACCAGGAAGGAUGGCAACCAUUUACACUGCAAGUGUACUAGCUAGAGCUGGGAAUGCUUCAGAUGUAGUAGUACAUGAUGUAGAUCGUAUGAUAGAGAAAUGGUUUUCUUGGGAGUUCCUGUGUGAUGAGAAUUUGUUGUAUUCUAAAGGGAAGUUAUGGCAUUUCAGAAUGAGAGGUCCCUCAAAUUCUACAGGGUUCUGCCCUGCUGGGAUAGCUAGACCCUGCCAAAAUGAGGAAGACAGUAGAGAACAUAUUCACUCCUCGCAAGCUCUCCUCUCUUCUCCCUCCCUUGCUCAAUCUUAUAUCUUUUUCCUAAAGCUGCUUUCACCUGUUUUGGAUUCAAAUUUACAAACUUCCCCUGACGUAUUUGAAGAGGAAAUGAGGUUUCCUGAAAAAAUGCAUCUCAACUCCUCAUUUGCUUCAAACCAUGGUGGAGGUGCUCUGAAAUGA